UGGGUGUUGUCCCUUCCAAGUGAACAAAUCCUAUCAGAGUCAGUGAGACUCACCUGCAAGUUUGAACACAGUCAGGCUGGAGUAUCUCCUGGUGUGACGCACCUCCAACUCCUCCUGCCCUUCUCGUAUCAAUCAAAUCCGCUACCACGUAAAUUCAGGUGUGCUUUGAGAGCUCCUCCUUUCCAGAGACCAGCCCCAGAGCCGCGAGGACGGGAGGCUGCAUCUCAGCCGAGCAGAAGGUCUGUGAUGAUGGAAGAAGAGGUCCAUCAUCGAGAAGCCUGAAUGGUGAUUCCCGGGCAGCUCUUUGAGACACUGGCAACACGAGCCUGAGAUACAGCAGACAGCAAACAUGCUGAAGCCGAGUGGACUUAAAAUCCCCGGCCGGGCUGGGAAGCACUCCAGCCCGGUGGGACGGGCGUCAGGGACCACUGCAGCUGCUGUCACCACAGCUUCAAAAGAAGGCUCACCUUUACACAAGCAGGGUACCACCUCCACCGCCAGCGCUGAGAAGUCGGGUUCAAAGGUUGCCGAGGUGGGCGAUGAUUUCCUGGGAGACUUUGUGGUGGGCGAACGUGUCUGGGUAAAUGGAGUGAAGCCAGGUGUGAUCCAGUAUCUUGGGGAGACGCAAUUUGCUCCGGGCCAGUGGGCAGGGGUCGUUCUGGAUGAUCCAGUGGGUAAGAAUGACGGCUCUGUCGGUGGAGUACGUUACUUUGAAUGCCAGCCGCUGCAGGGGAUUUUUACGCGACCGUCCAAGCUGACGCGGCAGCCGGUGGCCGAGGGCUCGGGGAGCGACGCCCCCUCCGUGGACUCCCUGACGGCUCAGAACUUGUCACUGCACUCGGGGACGGCCACGCCACCUCUCUCCACUCGUGUCAUCCCCCUGCGCGAGAGCGUCCUGAACAGCGCCAUGAAGACGGGCAACGAGUCUGGAUCUAACCUCUCGGACAGUGGGUCUGUGAAAAAAGGGGAGAAGGAUUUACGGCUUGGAGAUCGUGUGCUGGUUGGUGGGACAAAGACAGGAGUUGUGCGCUACGUGGGAGAGACGGAUUUUGCCAAAGGAGAGUGGUGUGGUGUGGAGCUGGAUGAACCCCUGGGGAAGAACGACGGGGCAGUUGCUGGUACAAGAUAUUUUCAGUGCCCUCCCAAGUUUGGCCUCUUUGCUCCCAUCCACAAGGUGAUCCGGAUCGGGUUCCCAUCAACCAGCCCUGCCAAGGCGAAGAAGAGCAAACGAAUGGCCAUGGGAGUGUCUGCCUUAACCCACAGCCCCAGCAGCUCCUCCAUCAGCUCCGUCAGCUCCGUGGCAUCGUCUGUUGGGGGCAGGCCCAGCCGCAGCGGGCUGCUGACAGAGACCUCUUCUCGAUAUGCCCGAAAAAUCUCUGGUACCACAGCACUCCAGGAGGCACUGAAGGAGAAGCAACAGCACAUCGAACAGCUACUGGCAGAGCGAGACCUGGAGCGGGCUGAGGUUGCCAAAGCCACCAGCCACAUCUGCGAGGUGGAGAAAGAGAUUGCCAUCAUGAAGGCCCAGCACGAGCAGUACGUCACGGAGGCAGAAGGAAACCUCCAGCGAGCACGAGCACUGGUGGAUGGGAUGCAGAAGGAGAAGAUUGAGCUGUUGAACCAGCUGGAAGAGGAGAAGAGGAAAGUGGAGGACUUGCAGUUCCGUGUGGAGGAAGAAUCCAUCACGAAGGGGGAUCUGGAGACUCAGACGCAGUUGGAGCAUGCCCGAAUACGGGAGCUCGAGCAGAGCCUGCUGUUUGAGAAGGCACAGGCUGAAAAACUCCUCAGAGAAUUAGAGGACACCAGGUUAACCACAGUAGCGGAGAAGUCCAGAAUCCUGCAGCUGGAGGAGGAGCUGAGCCUCAGGCGCAGCGAGGUGGAUGAGCUUCGGCAGUGCCUCAGGAGCUCGCACCAAGCAGAGACCCCUGAGCAUAACCUUGGUCUGCAGUCGGAGGCUCUUCGUCUACGAGAUCAAUUGCUGUCUGCCAACAAGGAGCAUCAGAAGGAGAGCAGCCAGCUAAAAGAGAAGUAUGAGAAGACAUUAAAGAAGUACCAGCAGGAGAUGGAGAAGCUGAAAGCUGUCAAUGAGAAGUAUGCACAGGAAAUUGUUGACCUAAAGCAUAAAGUUCAGCAAGCCACUAAUGAGAACAUGGGGCUUAUGGACAACUGGAAGUCCAAGUUGGACACGUUAGCUUCUGACCACCAGAAAUCUCUGGAGGACCUCAAAGCCACGUUGAACACAGGCCCCGACACCCAGCACAAGGAGAUCGUGGAACUGAAGGCAGUGGUGGAGAGUAUAAAGAUGGAGCACCAGCUUGAGUUGGAGAACCUGAAAGCAAAGCAUGACAUUGAGACAGCUGUUCAUAUAAAGGAGAAAGAGAGCCUCAAACUGAAGCUGCAGGAGGCUGUGGAGGAAGUGGAAAAAAGCAACAGCAACUGGAAAAUGCAACUGGAAACCAAAAGCAAUCAGCACCUUCUUGAGCUCCAAGAUGUGAAGGACAAGUGUCGAGAUGCUGAGCUGAGGGUGCAUGAACUGGAGAAACUUCACGGUGAAUAUAAAGAUCAGACACAAGCAAUAGCUUUCUUGAAAGAGCAGAUUUCUUUGGCUGAGAAGAAGAUGUUGGACUAUGAAACAUUGCAGAAAACAGAAGCCCAGAGCAAACAGGAGAUCCACAGAUUGCAGGAAAAAGUUCUUGUCUUAGAGAACAAGCUGCAGUCCAUGGAGGCCCUGCAUCCUUCUCAACAUGCGAAUAUGAUUGAAACUAAUGAUAUUUCGGAAGAAAAGAUAAAGAUGAAGCAGACUAUGGAAGACCUCCAAGACAAGCUGAGUAAGAGAGACAAAGAGGUGUCAUCGCUGGCAUCCCAGACCGAAACUCUAAGGGCCCAAGUAAGUGCUUUGGAAAAUAAAUGCAAAAUGGCAGAAAAGAAGGCGGAUUCAGCGUUAAAAGAAAAGAAGAGGCUGGAAGGCGAGCUGGAAGCCUUGACCAAGAAAACACACGAUGCUUCGGGGCAACUGGUCCUGAUUAGCCAGGAGCUACUCAAGAAGGAAAGGAGCCUGAAUGAGCUGAGAGUCUUGUUACUGGAGGCGAACCGGCACUCGCCUGGGCCAGAGCGGGAUCUGAGCCGGGAAGUGCACAAAGCCGAGUGGCGGCUGAAGGAACAGAAGCUCAAAGAUGAUAUCAAGGGGCUGCGAGAGAAACUGGUUGUGCUGGACAAGGAAAAAUCUGUAACGGAUCAGAGGCGAUACUCCCUGAUUGACCCCUCAUCAGAGUCAGAAGUGAUCCGGCUGCAGCACCGGCUCGUCAGCACGGAGGAUGUGCUGCGCAACGCGCUGGAGCAGGGCCACCAGAUGGAGAAGCUGAUGGAAGCGAUGAGGCUCUCCUCCGAGAAAACACAGACUGUUGGAAAUUCUGGGUCUGCUAAUGGGAUUCACCAGCAGGAUAAAUCCCACAAGCAAGAGGAGAAGCUCUGAUAGAGAAGAGGUGAAGAGGAUCAUUUCACACCAGUAUCAGCUCCUGUGCAGUGUCAGGAAAAACGAUACCCCAUCUGGCUUUAGCACCUCCAAAAGACUAGACACAGUAUUUUCACUUUAAAGCAGGACAAUAUUUAUAAUGUACUAACUGAUAUAAUCAGGACAAUCCUGGAGUCUAGUUUUCCAAGACAGCCAUUGUUCCAGGAGGGAGCAGAAAGGUCUCUCUGGGUUUGGUUUCUUACCCGUAUUGGUUUUAACUGUGGAAUUUGUAUUGCUUGAGCUGCCCUUGUCCCACCAGCUGAUGUGGUCUGGAUGACGGCUGCCCCAAAACGGUGGCUGAAGCGUCAGCGAGUCCCAGUAACCCCACAGGAGCUGCAAAGGGCUUUGCCUGUGGUGUUCAACUCCAAAGCGCGUGCCCAGAGGCUGCACGCUUCCCACCUGGUCCGUCCCUUCCCUUCCGCCCACCCUGGUGUCUUGAAGACCUGCACAAGCGAGUGAAACCUGCUGGGCUGACUGUUCAUGCUGGCACGCGUAGGCUGAGGAAGACAGGGUGUGGGGAUGUGUUUCCCUCCUCGCCUUGUAGAAGACAUCGCUGUUCUAGAGCAUGGAGGCUGCACUUAGUACUUGUAUCAUAGCAUGUCGUGGGAAAUAAUCCGAUUUCAGAGGGGUAUUUAUUUCGUUCCUCAGCCAUUGCUGUUUGGGGAAGGAGCUGUGGUAGCUCUGAGUUUGGGGACAGGCACACCUCACUCAGGUGUGGUUGGCCUUUUCCUGCAGAGAGAUCACUGCGAUGCCCAGCCUGGUGCCCUGACUCGUAUGCCUUUUGUUGGGCCUUUCUGAGCACAGGGCUCCACAGAUGGCUGGAUCUGAGGGCUCCAUGCUGGCUGCGGUCGCUGUGGGACAGAUGCCUUGAGGAGAUGGUUCCUUCCUUGCCUGUUUAAUUCAACAGCUAAUUUAACAGCCUGGCCGUUCUCCAGAGCUAUCCUUGGCUCUUCAGUGUGAUGUCCAUCCCCUGCUACUGGGAAUGGAGGAGGCUAAGGUGCUGCUGUGGGUGUUCAUGCAGGAGUGGCUGUCUGUGUUUGGUGGGUACAGCAAUCCUCUGUGCAUGACCUGAGCAUGAGCGUUUGGAGCAAAAGGAACCCGAGACUGGAGCCCACACGGUUCUUGUGUCCAUACGCAGCAAUGCAGGCCCAGGCAAGGGUCUUGCUCCUUCUUCUGAAGGCUUUAGUCUUCUCUCUAGCUCUGCAGCACAGCUCCCGAGGGACAUUAGCGUGGAGGAAGGGGAUAAAUAUGGUCCUGCAGGUGUGAGAGAGCCCAGUUCAGAUUCACUGUUUGGUACCACAGGGAAGUCACAGCAAUGUUUUACCAGGCUUCCCCUAGUUUGUGCCCAGCUCCUCCAGACUUCAGAAGCUCUUGUGUUAUGAUGGGGCAUUUGUGAAAGAAAACAAGAUGGAAGAGACCACUGAGGGAGGAGAUCUGAGCCAGAACACAAGCAGGUGAUCGUCGCGGCAUGUCAGCUUCAUUGCUUUUUGCCCUGAUUUCCUACAAAGUUAUGUUACUCGUUCUUGGUGGCUUGCGAGGCUCCACCUUCCUUGAAUAAUGGGCAGCCAGAAGUAACCUGGGAAAGGCUUGGGCUUCCUGGCCAUGCUCCGGCAGUGAGGAGGACAUUGCUAGGCUACAAUACGAUACUGGACACUGCUCGCUUGAUGCAGGAUUGGCAAUCUCUCCCUCUAUUCAAAGGGAGGAUGAGAGAGGAAGGUGACUUCAGGGGAGUAAAGCAAGGCAGAAAACAGCUUAGAUCUGGUGCACGGCAGGGGAGGCAGAGCUUGGGACCUAAUUGGCUGGAAAUAAUUCAAGUGGAAUCCCAUCCUGCCUUGUCAAAGUGUUUAAUCAGCUCUUACUAAUCACCGGGAAGAUUGCUACAUCUCUGCCUAGCUCAGGGACUUUCCAGGGGAUCAUAAGGGGUGGUCUCCAAAAUCCUCCCGGUUGGUGUAUUCAUCUCCUAAGUGAUUUAGGAAAAUCCCAGAGGGAGUGUUUGUUGUUACAGCCCGCGCAGCGAACGCCUGACUGGGAGCUGCUGGUUUUAAGAAUUUAGGGCUGGUGUUUCCCACAGUGCUCCUGUUGGCCGGACGGUCUCUGAAAUCACGUCUGCAGCUCCUGCUGGCUUGAGUGGAGCUAACGCAGAGUGCUGCUUGCAGUGCCGCCUGUCUCCAAGCCCAGGUGGGAGAGCCCGUUCUGGUUUGUAACUUAAUUUCCCUGAUAGUCUUCUAAGUGACUUGUGACCAGCUGCCUUCAUCUCCAGAGGAAAGAUACCUGCGGUUUCCACCUCCCUUGAUGAUGAAGGGUUGGCUUUGCACAGGGUGGGAUCCCCCCAGGAGUGGUUAUGGGGACCAUGUAUUUGGCUCCAUUAAUCGGAUCCGAAGUUGUCAGGGUGGCAGUGGUUCAGGCUGGAGGAGUCUCUGGCUCCUGUCUCCUUCCAGGCACCGUCCUCGGCGGGCGGCUCAGACCUGGGGCUCUUCCCAGUCAGCUCGGGUGACGAUGCUGAACAGCAGCAGAUGGGUCCAAGCAGGUUUAAAGUUGGUGCUGAUGGUCUUCUCUGGCUGUAAAUAGCUGUGUUGGUCCCUAAGGGUCAGCCAGGAGCUGAUGGCACUUCUUGGCUUUUCCAUGGAGGCUGUUGCAGGGCUGCACCGAAAUGGGCAGUGGGGCAAAGCCAGGUCCAUGGGAGCUGCUCCCUGAACAGGACUGACUGCAGCGUCAGCAGGACACGCUAUCGCACCCGUCGUCUGGGUUUCAGCUUAAUGCUGUAUAAAAUGGCCAGGAGGGGCUUUGGGCACCAGCUGCAUCUUCCCUCUCCAAAAUUGGCACAGGCUUCCCGAGGGCACCCGCCUCUGGCUGCCCUUCUGAGGUUGUGAGAGACCACACUAGGGACAAACUUGGAAAGGACAAGGAAGCGAUUCCCCAGCCCCUCUAUUUAUUUGUACGUUUAAUUGCUAUUUUUGCCUAUGUGGUGGUGUAUAAAGUACUUCACAAUAUUUGGUCUUACUGGCUUGGUUCUUUGGGGGAGACUUUCAAGGGCAUUGGAGCAGCGAUGCAGCCAUCUCGUGUUGUCGGUCAGGGACUGGUUCCUGGUUGUGCCUUCGCUCCCCCGUUGGCGUCAGCCUUGCCCUUAUCUUCAUCCUGGGAGCUGGCGCAGGGGGGCUGCGUUCUCCCCAGCCCCUCUCCUGCCUCGUGCGUACCAUGCCGGUUUUGCAUCCGGAGCGUGCCUCAGAGCACCGCUGCAGGUGGGGAGCAGGGGGUAGCCACGCACGUGCUCAGCAUCCUGCUGAAGCCCUCAGCACCGAGGGAAGGAAGGACCAGCACCCCGGCUGUGAGACCAUCCCUCACGGCCAGCUGCGUUACCCCAACGGUUAGUGAUGCUUUUCUGCUGAAGGCUGAGACGUUACCCAGAGAAAAAAAAAAAAAAGAAAAAAGCCUUUGAAAUGGAGACUGUUCCACGUUUAGUGGUUUCUUCUCUAACCCUCUAAACCAAAGGGAAAAGAAUCUGUCUUGGUUGGUGAUUUCAGCUUUAUCCCUCCUACAGCAUCCAGAGAGCUGGAGCAAGGGGCAGCACCGUGCCGGUGCCGUACUGAACGACGGGUGCCAAGCUGCCCGCCGAGGCUUUACAGCUCUUGCCUACCCCCAGCCACCAGCGGUUCCUCUGGCUUGCAGUAGAGAUGCAUGAGGGUUUCGUUAAAACAAAAUGAUGCAAACGACACUGUAAAAGUCUUAACAAAAAUUCCAGUACUCCAUUGUUCGGCAGCUUUAGCAGCUCAGCACUAUCUUGUAGGGAAUUAUUAAUACACUAAGAUCCUAUAGGCCUCAUGUAAGUUACCAGAAUAAAGACGAUACUAGAUGUAUAAAUGGAUGAUAACCUUUUACCCGUACAGUAUGUAUCACAAUUUUGUAGCUUAGUCAUUUUUUGGCUAUCAGAUUUUGUUAGUAUGAUAUAAAAAAAAAAAAGACAAAAAAAAAAAAGGUUUGACUGCUAAUGUCUAUUUUGUUAUUUGAUUCAUUUUAUUUCUUCCUCUGUACAAAAGCUGUACAAAUCUCAGUCUGUGUAACUACUACAGAUAUGUAUUCAUGUACCAUCAACCCCUGUCCUGGCUUGCUGGUGUGGUGAGCUCGUUACUAAACAAUAAAAUCUGUGGCUGAAGUCGGGCACCCCGGGGCUGCUGGGGGUGUGUUAAGGGUGUUUGCAGUGCACCCGCCGUGCUGAGAUGGGAAGGGCUGGGGGGCGGGGGGGGCUUUCCCUUCGCAGCUCAAAUGUGGGGCUUUGGGCAAGUUCCCCCCUGCCCUGAGCCAAAGCGGGGACCUGGAGCCGUCAGCGUUUGGGCUCUGCCGAGAGCAGGGUUUGCAAACAGCCGGGAGGCCCCAGAGAUCCCCGUCCUGGGGACGCGAUGCACCGGGAGCCGACGUGCAGCGUUUGCUCUUCUGCACCCUGUGCUGGAGGCGAGGGCAACCAGACCGAACGUCGGCCCCUUCCUGGGGCGGCUCUCCCUGCCUGCUGCUCUCGGCUAUCUCCCAAUAACCCUAUUUAUUAAUCUGUGAUUAUUUUCCCUCUGUUAAUCCCCCCAGUCCCACUCUGACGCAUCCACAACGCCCCCGGGCAAGGAGAGUCGCAGGGCUCGGCUCCGUCCUGCGCACCUCGAGAGGUGCCACCUUGGCUUUGCAGGGGCAGAGGCGGUGGCUGAGUCACCUCCAUCCCUCCCAGCUCGCUUACUGCAGGCCUCCGGAGCGCGGGGAAACGGGGAUUGCUGUGGUUCCAGGGAGGAGCUGCGGUUGCCGGCGGGGUCGGUGUGUGCCCAGGUAAGCCAUGCUGCUCCCCAGCCCGGCCUCCUGCCCCUCUUCCUCUGUAUUCCCACCGCGUGCCCGGAUGGGCGCUCUGAGCAGCGGGGGGUUACGCUGUCCCCCCCCCGGGGCAAGUCUGAGGGAGUUUACUGCAGGGCUUGGUGCUUUUUUCCCCACGUACAGCAUCUCUUAGUUGAGAAUUUCCUUGACUGCCCGUGGCCUGUGCCCCGGCUCAGCAGCACCUCAUACAGCAAUGAAACACCCAUCUCUCCUCCUCCAGCGUUUUCCCGCACCCGUGGGCUGCAGAUCCUUUACGGAAAGGCAGGGGGUUCCCAGCACUGCCAGCUCUCUUAAGCUGUAGGAAGAAACCGGGAUGCUUUCUUCUUUGCUUCCUGGCUGCUGCUUUUCCUGGGCUUCUACAAAACUCUCCGCCACCAGGAUUACCUGAAAGUUUUAGACUCUUUCCAAAGAGCUGGUGAGGUUUGUAGGUGAUGGGUCGAUUCCAGAGCCAAGACCCCAAGAAAAUUUCAGGUGACUAGCAAGAACAUCAUGACAACUGGCCACGCAGCCUUAUUCCAGAGCUGUAACGUGGUCUGUUCAGCGUGGUCCGUGAUAUCCUGCUGGUUUAUUUUUUCAAGGCAUGUAAGAGUUGCUGUCAAAACCAAAUAACUUUAGACUUUCUGUUUCUUCACCAGCUCCCCAGCCUCGUGCAUUGCAGGGGCUCAGGAUCUCCUGAAAUAGCCGGGCGAGAGCGGCGGGUCCCUGGGUCACCACAUUGCUUAUUUCUAGAGCGGGUGCUGAUGGCAUCUGAUGCUGCCGCCGCGUGCUUCGCUGUCCUCCAGCGGCUGGCAGGAGAAUAAUUUAUUUGAACUUCGCUUGGGAGAAAUCUCCGGGCACAGAAAGGUCCAUGCAGGCUCAGGCCACCAUCCGUGCUGGGGAAGGGAGCUGAUGAAGUCGCUGUUUUCCCUGCCCUUUGCUUUAAAAUGCUGCCACUCCUCGCUUGCGUCAGGUCCUGAAACGCUGCAGCUGGCCAGCGCUGGAGGGUCGCAUCCUGCCCCAGCCAAGCAGCUCCAGCGUGGGGCUGUCCCAGCUCAGCCCUGGCCCCAAACAGCUGCUGCCAGGUUUGUGACCCCCUGCUCCAUCGGUCCCCUCUUCGCUGCCGAGGUUGCCAGCGAGGGGACGACCGCUCCGGCGGCGCCUAUCGAGCUGUCCCCGCGCUGGCUGCGAGGUCACCCAGCAACUCCUCUUUGCAGCCGACGCUCCUGGGGGGAGAUGCGCCGGGGAAGGGCGGGUUUUGGGGGACGGGAGGCUCUCCCCAGUACAGCUGGCAGAAAACACCAAGUUUUCCAUCACGCCGGCCCUUCCCUGAGCUCCGGGCAGGGGGUGGGCUGCCCGGCGCAGGGGGCAAAGGCCACAAGCGCCACGUCCUCGCACAGGGCAGGUGACUUCAGCUCCACCUUUUACGUAGUUCACCUAUAUAAUUCAUUAACACGUUUACCAUCAAGCCCCGGUAUCUCGCAGAGAUAGCACCGUAGCGCAUGCUUUGUUUGCAGACGUCGCAUUUCGGUGCUGCUAAUCGUACGGUGAGGAUUAAUAAAACAUGAAGUUUAAAGAUGUCUAAAUCACAGUGGGGGAGCUGGUAAUCUCUGCCAACAAUAAUAUUUGCACUUUAUUUU